GACAACUCUGUGUGGCCUACGUGAGAACAACAAAUAGUCAUCAACAAAAAGUUUUUGUCAAAAACUUCUAUUCGCAAAGAACUAAUCAAAAAAUACGAAAUUAAAAUGAAAAUAUCUGUUUUUGGGGAACUCAACACUUUCGAGCUGUUUGUCUUGUCCACUGUUAUACCGACGGUGUUUGUUUUCCUGUGGAUUCUGAUAUCUGGCGAUAUGAAGAACUUCAAGGGCAGCAAAUUGGCAUACUCAGUUUAUACGGCCAAGGAUCCCAUUAAUUGCUAUCAAGACUACGAACCAGAAAAGAAAAAGGACACUUAAACUACAUAUGUAUGUGCCCGCCCGCAUGGAAUAAGAGCUCCCAACAUCUUUUAAACUUGUAUAUAUGUAUAAGAAUUCAGUGACGAUCUGAGGAUUUGUAGAAAAAAACAAUAAACCUUGGUCGGAUACAUUAAA